GAUUGGGCGUUGCGGGCCGGUCACCACCAAUCAGAGGGGCCCUUACUGCAAGACCGAGUCACUUCCGGUGUGGCGACUGGGAGCGAAAGCUGAAGACGCCGGCGAUAGCCACCUGUUCCCCCGACUCGCGUUGCCCAGGAGUGGUGUCGCCGCCGGGCGCGGGCAGAUGGGCCUGCUGUCGGCUCUGGCGCGGGGCCUGGCGCGAGGCGCCGACCGCAUGGCGGAGUUCACCAGCAAGCGGGGCCCCCGCACCUUCUACAAGGGCCGGGGCGCGCGGCGCACGGGCGCGCUGACCUGCAGCGGGAAGUUCGUCUCCGUGCGGGAGAUGGUGCCGGAGUUCGUGGUGCCGCCGCUCGAGGGGUGCCGCCUCAAGCCCUACGUGUCGUACCGCGCCCCCCCGGGCACGGAGGCCCCCCUCACUCCCCAGUCCCUCUUCAGAGAGGCCGUGGCGCCCCGGAUUGAGAAGGACCUGCGCGACGGCACCUUUGACCCCCAAGGCCUGGAGAAGUAUGGGUUUGAGCCCUCGCAGGAGGGCAAACUCUUCAAGCUGUACCCCAAAAACUACGUUCGCUAGAGGGAUCUCUCGAAUUCCACACCCGAACUCUGUGAGAACUGUACCCCAUUGACUAAGCCAUCUUUGGAGACCCCUGAAAGGACCGCGAAUCCCAAUGACUGCCAGACUGACUGUACACUUCACCCCAAAAACUACAUUCCCAGGACAUAGCCCCCUCCCUCUCCGGAGGGAAACAGAUCUGGUGUGUCCGCGGGGUCCCGUUCCAUCUGUCACCCUGAAAUGUGCACAAGACUGCUGUCCCAGAUAUUCUGAGGCUCCCCGAGUGGGGCUGUGGUGCAAGUUCAAAGUGGACUCUGCUGAUUAACAGUGGCUGCACAGCACUGGGAAAUUGACAGGGUUUCUGUCUUGAACACAAAUGUCUCGUUCUUUGCACCAAUGUAGUUUUUUUGGGGUGGUAGUAGGAAACGGCGGGGGGCUAAUACAAGAGCUGUCUUAAUUUGCCUUACCCUCACUACACUUGAACCCUCUAUGAAAUUAAUAAAAAAGGCCGAAAACCAA